UGCUGUCAUCGCUGAUGCUGGUGAGGGCUCGGCAGUGGUAGAAGAACGUCGCUCAGGAUGAUAAAAGCUGAUUCUAGCCAGAAGCCCAGAAAGGAAUGGAGCAGAGAGAAAGGAACUGAGGAGUUGGGAAAGCCACAGUGACGAGCACAUGAACUUCAGGCUGACCUUGGAUGCGCAAGGGAUGAAGGAGACGGACAGGGACUGACCAUGUGGAGCAUCCUGGCGAUAAUUUUCUGGUUUUCCACUCUAAUUAUCAAAGCUAUCCCCCCUGUAUGCGACCUCCUCAAUGUCCUGCGUAAGGAAGAAGAGCUGUGUGUUGAGACUCUGGCCCGGGAAGGAAAGAACAGAACAUCUGAAAAUAAUCAGUUCAUGAACUCAGGGAGAUGUGCUGGAAUGUGGGACAACAUGAGCUGCUGGCCUUCUUCCCCACUUGGACAGACGGUCAAUGCGCACUGCCCCAAAUUCUUCCAAAUGCUCACUGGGAAAAAAGGCUUCGUGUAUCGGAACUGCACCAGUGAAGGUUGGUCCGAGACAUUUCCAAGACCUGAUGUUGCCUGUGGCUAUGAUGUGAAUGACACUACUAAUGAGGAGAGACGCACCUAUUUCAUGAAGCUGAAGACCAUGUACACGGUUGGAUACAGCACUUCCCUCCUGACGCUAAUGAUAGCCUUGGGGAUCCUGGCAGCCUUUAGAAGACUCCACUGCACAAGGAACUACAUCCACAUGCACCUGUUCACAUCCUUUAUUUUACGCGCCCUGUCAAACUUCAUCAAAGAUGCCAUGCUGUUUUCCUCUGAGGAUGUCAACUACUGCGGCGCUCACAUGGCUGGAUGUAAAAUCAUCAUGAUCUUCUUUCAGUAUUGCAUUAUGGCUAACUACAGCUGGCUUCUGGUGGAGGGCCUGUAUCUCCAUGCCCUCCUGGUUAUUUCCUUCUUCUCCGAAAGGAAGUUCUUCUGGUGGUUCAUCGCCCUGGGAUGGGGAGCCCCGACGGUAUUUGUUAUCACAUGGGCCAUUACCAGGCAGCUACAUGAAAAUAUAGGGUGCUGGGACAUUAAUACCAAAGCUGCUAUCUGGUGGAUCAUCAGAGGCCCUGUAGUUUUGUCUAUUUUUAUUAACUUCAUCCUUUUUGUGAAUAUUUUAAGAAUCUUAAUGAGCAAGCUCAGGUCGCCAGAAGGAAGGACCAGUGAUUUCGACCAGUACAAGAGACUUGCAAAAUCAACACUCCUUCUCAUUCCCCUCUUUGGAGUUCACUACAUCAUUUUUGCUUUUUUCCCUGAAGAUGCAAAGAGUGGCACAAUGGAAAUCCAGCUCUUCUUUGAACUGGCAGUUGGAUCAUUCCAGGGAUUUGUUGUGGCUGUGCUUUACUGUUUCCUUAAUAGUGAGGUUCAGCUGGAAGUCCAGAGGAAAUGGAGGCAGUGGCAUUUAAGCAAACACUUGCGUCAGCAUCUCAGCUCCUCAGCUAGUAAUGGGGGAAGCAGUUUCACUCAGGUGAUGCACACGAUAAAGCCCAGCCCUCCUGAGCAAAAGAGGCAGGGCACCCGGAAAUCAAGUAUCAUUUAACGGAGCCCGUUUGGACUAACUCGGGCACACACGCUCAACUUCCUGUGGACUGCACCAGGAACCCGUUUGUGCAUCCUGAAAGCAGAACUUGGCCCCGGGUCAGCUCGUCUUGCAGCACAUCGAAGUGUUGGUAUCCUGCAUAAGUAUUAUUGUGGUCCUUUUGCAAAGGAGGAGGCCAAACAUCCUGCUCUUUCUCCAUUUUUCUGCAAAUCAGUCUUGUUUGCCUUCCUCCUCCUGUACUUUGGGGCUGUCAUGCUGACCUGAAGCACUUGCUCUUUGUGGCUUUUUCUUGGGUUGUCCUGGCUGGGUUGUUCUCAUGGUUUUCAAAUGUAUCUUAUUUCUCUUUUUUUUUUUUAAAUUGAAGUUUGCACUAUAUAUUCUGCUUUGCAGAAUGAGUGUUGCAGUGUAUUCUUGAGCACCAUAUUGGUUGAAAAUGCAGAAUUAGUUAUUCCUUUGUUUCAAGCGUAGUAUUUGUUAUCCCUUUGUUUCAACCCAUCUUCAGAACCUAAUUUUAGAAGAAAUGGCUGGGAAGGUCAGGGCUUGGUCCAGUUAUUUCUCUCCUGUUAUGUAGCUGUUACCUAGAUAAGUUUCAGUGGCAUUGGAAAUAGAUUUCUUCCCUUCCACUCUUCAACUAAAGAAGAUCUCAGAAAGCAACACACUUGUAUAAUUUAGAUUAAUGCCAGUGCUUGAGCUGGCAGCAGCAGAGCUACUUUGGAAAAUUCCCACGUUAGCCAACCUUAAUAAAAUAGCC